ACGGAGCGGUUGCAACAACGGCAAAAGAUAUUUGGUGAACGAUAAACUUGAAACUUAGCCAAAUGUUGAGCUGUAAGCGAACUCAAGACGUAUCAAUAGUAGAUAAAUUAUGCAUUAGCGAAAACAUUUAAGAAAUUAGACUAUAUGCAAAAUACUAGUAUUUUUAGCAAGCCAGUUGAUAAAUUCGGGGCAGCUAAGUAAAUAAUAAGAAUUGUUCCGAUAUAAAAGUUUCCGUUCAAGUGUUGUUAAGUGUGGCAAAGUUAGCCGUGAAAGUUAAGUGCGCUCGUAACUCGGCCAGAAUUUGCGGCAGUUGCCGUAACACGUUGCCACAACUGAAAACUUUUUUUGGCCAGCCUCUGUCAGACAGAGAGACAGGCAGACAGCGAGACAGCGGAACAGGCAGCUGAGCAGUUAGCCCUUUAGUUGCAACUGCUGUCAGAAACUGGCGGGCUAACAUUUUCCAGUUUUGACAACAAAAUUUAGUUAAACAACGCAACGGUGUCGUGCGCGACCGGAUACGGAAGUGAACUUGCCGCAACAAUUUCGGGCUGAGCUGCUUCUACUGAACACCGACCAACAGCCAGCCAACAGUCGCUUGACGGACACACACGCACACACACACACAACACCACACCGACAACGCAUACGUGAGUGUGUGAUGUGAAUGUGCCUCAGCACAAAAGCAUCGCAAUGGACCUCAAGACUGGCUCAUUGCUUGUAGCGCCCGCGGUAAAGAAUUCCAGUUGCUCGCAUCCGCGUUACUCGGGCCACAACUUUAUCGUGCACAUUGGCAUAGCGGAGACAAUUGAGGCGGUGUUGAUAUUGGUGCUAACUCUGGGUGUGAUUGGGGCCAACUGCCUGGUCAUCUUUGUCAUUAACAAUCGCCGCUACGCCGCCUACAUACAUCAACAGCCACGAUAUCUGCUCACAUCUCUGGCGCUGAAUGACCUGACAAUUGGCCUGCUAAUUACACCAUUUGGUCUAAUGCCUGCAUUGUUUCACUGCUGGCCAUAUGGUGAGAUCUUCUGCCAGAUACAGGCCCUGCUGCGUGGAGCGUUAUCACAACAAAGCGCCGUUAUACUCGUCUGCAUGGCGGUGGACAGAUACAUGUGUGCGCUGCAUCCGCGACGCUAUUACCAACACUCCAGCAAGAAGGGCUGUGUUGCCAUAUUGAGCUUAACAUGGAUUAUCAGCCUAACGGUGUUUGGGCUUCUGGUGCUGCCUAAAGGCUACUACUUCAACAACACGGGACUAAUGGCAUGCGAGCCAUUUUAUAGUAAACCCUCGUACCGCAUACUGUCCACUUGUGCAUUGUACUUUCCAACCACGAUGGUGCUGAUGUACUGUUACGGUUCCAGCUUUCAUAUGAGUCGCUUUCGCUUAAACGAUCCAACGAUGCCGCUUACAGCAGCCGCACAUCAUCCACAUCCGCAUCAUCCGCCCCAGCAGCAACUGCAGCAACAUCAGCAGCAUCAGCAGCAGCAGCAGCAGCAUCAGCAUCAGCAGCAGCAGCAAUCCUCACACAUAUUUGGACAUGGCGGCCAUGGACACUCGCAUCAUUUGCAUCAUCAUCGAGCACCGGUUAUGAACCAUUUGAGCAUGGCCAUGAGCAUGGGCCUCGUCGGAAUGCCAAGCAUGACAAACAAGAUUACCAAAAAGAUUGUGCCCAUACAGGAGAAGAACUCAAGCGGUAACACGUCACGUUCAAUGGCGGCCAUUUCGCUGGGAUUCAUUGUUAUGGUCACACCGUGGACCAUUCAGGAGAUUGUGACCGCCUGCACUGGCUCCAAGCUGCCACCAUUUCUGGAUUUCCUGGUAACCUGGACAUCGUUAAGCAACAGUCUAUGGAAUCCAUUUAUGUAUUGGCUGCUAAACUCGGACUUUCGUCGCCUUAGCCGACAAUUGAUGCCCAACAAGUGCUUUCCCAGCGAGGACACGCCCGAACACAAAUCAGCCUGUUGUCACAUCAAUGCUAACGAUUUUGAAAUCACAACGCUUCCGUUGCCGCCAGAGCCGCCCGCCUCGCGGCCGCCGGCGAAUAAUGGUGGUGCCAGUGGCGGGGUUGGUGGCGGUGUUGGCGGUGGCAUUGGCAGCGCCAUUGGCGGUUCUGUGCUUGGCAUUUGUGCACGUUCCAGAGCCAACAGUUUGAGCCGCAGCGCCUCACAGUACAUCAGGGGCACACUGGGCGGCAGUGGAGCGCACAGUCACGCACAUCAGGUUGCUGGUGAUGGCUAUGCCACAGUACGGCCUGACAUUGAGGGUCUCUCGGAGAAGUAUUGGGGCGAGAUCUUGGAGCGCACCGUCAGCUCGGGCAACCUGCAUGCCAUGCAGAAGAGUUUCCCGCACUUCCCCUAUCAUCAGCACGCCGGCGUGGGCGUUCAUGGACAUGUGCAUCAGGUACAUCAGCCGCAACAGCAUCAAACCACCUCGUUUAGCAAGCACAGCGAUAUGCAUUUGAACGUGUCUGCCGCUGCACAGGAAGCCACCGCCGCCGAGCUGAGUAAAUUUUCUACAUCAGAGCCAAAGCUCUGUGAGCAUCUAUUCCAUGAUGCCAAUUGCGCCAAGAGCAAGCUGCUCGGCACUGCCGCAGAUGCAUCCGCAUCAGCUUCCGUCUCAACUGUAGCCGCCAAACUGGCCGCCGGUCGCAGCAUACCGGACAUUUAGUACGCAGAGGACGUCAUACUCGCCAACAAUCAACUGGCCCGACAGGCCAAGUGCGCCCACCACCCGCUGCACCAGCAGGCACAGGCCCGGGCCAUGCUUCACGCUCCCCACGGCGCCCAUCACACGGGCAGCCUGCGCCUGAGCCGCGUGCGCGUCGCCUGUCACAGUCCACCGCCGUCUUUGUCGCUGGCGGGCGAGUCCAUGGCCGAGUAUCGCAAGUAAAAGGAUAUUUAGCAUUAUGUUAUUUGCUGCGGUCGAACCGUGAACGUGUACGCAUCGUAGCUCUAAAUGUGUGUGUAAAUGUGUGUGUGUAUGUCUGUCUAUAUAUUGCGCAUGUCCUUUAGCGUUAAAUAAAACUUGAAAAGUUGUAGCCCUCUCUAUAGCAACGAAUCAGUUAACAAUCGGUUUGUACUGUUUGCAGUUUAAAUUAAAGCAUUUGUUUGUAGUUAA